UGAGCUCCUAUUUCUGCUCUGUGUGUUCAUUUGUUACUAUAUAUUUCCUCUAUGCAAUGUGUGUGUGCGGUGAGUUAUGUGUGACAGAUGAAACGGGGACAGGGGGAGGAGUGAGUGAAUGUGUGUGUGCCAGAGAGGGUGCAGGAUACUGGGGUGAAAGAGUUGGUCGGUCGAAAGCUCCAGAUGGGAUCUUACAACUCAAAUUACAUUAGGUUUUAGUUAGUUAUAAAGUUUUUGACAUGGAGAGUUAGAGUUUUAGAUGCUGGGAAGACUGGGGGAACGCAAGUUACUGGAUUGCUGCAGGACUUUUGAAAAGUGGGGGAACAAAUUUCCUGUCUGACCUGCCAAGAGAUUUAGAGUCUGGAGGACCCAUGGUGGAAUUCCAUCUGUACUGGUAGAUGAACAGGAUGUCAACGCUACCAUCAGACAACAGCCCUGAAGAUGCAAGCAGUCGCAGCUUCUGGAUGCCUGGGAACUAUCAGCCCACUGUGAAGCGAACAGAAGAUGCCUUCCAGGCCUGUAAUGACAUAGUGGCGUGUUUCCAAGAAAGAGCUCGCGUGGAGAGGCAGUACGCCCAGCAGCUCAGUGAAUGGAGCAACAAGUGGAAGCCAGUAGUGGACUCCAGCCCUUUAUAUGGGUCUCUCGUGAAGGCUUGGCAGUGUUUUCUGUCCUCAGCUGACCGGCUGGCCUCCUUACAUGCCUCCAUCUGUCGCUCCUUGGUGUCGGAGGAUGGAGACCGGGUCAGGACCUGGCAGAAGGACACCUUCCACAAGAAGUUAUUUGGAGGCUUCAAGGAGUCCCAGGACAUCGAGACGGGCUUCGCACGUGCUCAGAAGCCGUGGGCCAAAAGGCUGAAAAAGCUGGAUAAAGUCAGGAGGGCGUACCACAAAGUGAGUCGUAAGGAGCAAGCAGCCAGAGAGCGAGAGAUACAUGCUCAGGGAAACCCGGACGUCGCCAUUGACAAACAGAAGAAGAUCCAAGAGGAGAGAGUGCUGGCUCAACAGGAGGCUGAGAAGGUUCGUGCCCGCUAUGAGAAAGUCCUUGAGGAGGUGAACCGCUAUGCUCCACGCUACAUGGAGGAGAUGGAGUCCAUUUUUGACCAAUCGCAGGACGAGGAGCGCAAGAGGAUUGUCUUCCUCAAACAGGCCUUUCUCUCCAUCCACAAACACCUGGACAUCACCAACAACGAGAGUGUGAGGGCCGUGUACAAUGAGCUCCACAACACACUGAUGGCUAUUGACGAGCACGAGGACCUCCGCUGGUGGAAAAACACUCACGGGCCGGGCAUGCCCACUGAUUGGCCUCACUUUGAGGAAUGGACACCUGAGAAGAAAACCAAAAAAGGGAAGAAAGAAGUAGAAAAGAAAGAAACAAUAGAGAGGAGUGUGAUGAUAGGAGGGGUGAGAGUAAGAGCUCUGUAUGAUUAUGUUGGCCAAGAGACAGAUGAGCUGUCAUUUAAAGCAGGUGAGGAGUUUUUGAAGAUCGAGGAUGAGGAUGAUCAGGGCUGGUGUCGGGGCAUGAAGGACGGCGGCGGUGAGGGGCUUUACCCAGCCAACUAUGUCGAGGUGGUGUAGUUAGCACGUCUAGGCCGAAAACGAAAGAUCUUGUUACAUCACAUGCUUCGUUUCACUGUGGAAGUCACGACCCGGUUUAACGUCUAAAUGUCAGAAACAUAAAACCAAUGCUGUAAAGAACAACACCAAGUAGCUGUUAGCCAAAGUUCUGCUGGUCUGUGAUGAGAGUAUGAUCACACUUAAGAGAAUAUUUUAGCAAACAGAGAUCUUUUAAAGCUAUCCAGGUUGUGUAAUCUCUUGAAGGAUUUUAAGAAAUGUUUUAAUAUAUAUACAGUAUGCAUAGACCACUUGUAUUGAAGCCAUAUGAUAAACAAUGCUUUAAUGUUAAAAAAAAAAAAAAAAAGUGCUUAAAAGUGCUUUUACGGUACACAUAGCCAUUUGGUGCUGAAACUGCAUUACAGGACUGCCGUUGUACUUGAGCUGUUUUUAUUUCUUUGCACCUCAACACAUUGCUAUUAAAAUGCUCACAAAGCCUCUGAACAUAUGAAGAAAGUGAUGCUAAUACUGUGAUUAUAAUUAAUCCAAAGCAGCAAAGCACAAGUGGAGUCAGCUUGAUAGAAGUAGGUAGCUAUAUGACCUGUAUUUCUCUUCUGUUUUUGUGGUUUAAAGGAACAGUUCAACUCUUUUAGGAAUAUGAUUUGCUGUCAAUUUCACAAUGAGAUGAGGAGACUGAUAUUAGUUUCAUCUUUAUGCGUCAGGUACAGGGGGAAACUGUUACCCUAGCAGCAUCAACACACAUUCCAGGUACUCUAUUGCGGUCUUAUUUUGUAUCCAAUAUAAUCAAUAUUUUUAUAUGAAAAACUUAUGUUAUGACAAUUAUUUAAAAGGUCUCCUAAGCAUGGGUGCAGAU